AUGGAUAGCCCUGUUUCUUCAAAAUGCAGUAGUCCGACUUCACUUUUCGCCUCUCCAUUGCCUUUUACAAAUGAAAUUACGCGUGUUCCGCUUCAAAGAAUCCGAUGUGGGAGACUUGACAUUCGAAAUGAAGAGCGAUGGCUUGAGUAUGAGCCGAUGUCCACCCAACUUAAAUUUCUCCACAAGGAUAGAAAGCACUUUGACCAUGAACAUUGUACUUUUCUAGACUGUAAAAACAUAUCUGCUGCAGAUAUACGCGUCAGUGCAAAGUUUGGUUACCUGGACGCUAUGACCGGAACACUAACUGUUGAAUGCCAACAGCUGAUUGAUGUUGCUGGUCCACAUCAUAGCAAGAAACUCGUUGGCGUUUCGUCAUCGCGAAGCUACGUUUUAGAGGCGACUUUUCACGUCAACUAUACGGGUCAAGUCAGAGAUGUUCUUCGUUCACUGCGGAAUGCGAAGCAGGUGGAAACCACAUCGGAUGCUGAGAGAUCGCCAGGGUGUGAGGGAACUAAAACAGAGGGUGCUUCGUUGUCGACAGGCGAGAAGAAGACCGGUGAGAAGAAGCUUAGGGAGGGCCUCCCUGAUUGGACGCCGUACAUUCCGCAUCGUGUGUACACGCCUUCUGUGCGAAAACUCAUCGAAUUAGUGAUCACACUCUACACGAUCUUUUCCAUUUUCUGGGCGGUAUGGCAACUCUAUCGGCAUGUUGAUUUUAUACGAGCGUACAUUCAACCUGUCAUUGAUGCCUUGAAAUAUCAUGUGGAGCUCAUGGACAAGUGUAUUCAGUUUUUAAACAAGUUGUUUGAGGAGAUGACAGAUCAGUGGCUUGCUUAUAUCAAACCAGGAUAUGUCAUCCUUUCCUCUUUUGCCUCACCCUUGAUUGCUGUGGGACGCGAGGUGUGGUCAGUGGGCUACAGCAUUUCCCUAUCUAUUGCAGUUGCAUUUCAACCGCUUUACCACCUCUUUGAGCCACUCUUUAAAUUAAUUUAUCUGCUCUUUAUAAAGACACCUUACACCAUCUUCCAGCCAGCUUUCUCUUUAGGAGCAAAGUGUUUUUCAUUGUUCUACGAUGCUGUCCUUUGCCGCAUUCUUUUGGCACAGUUUAGUAAUAUCAAACGUUCAUUUUGCUGGUUGGUUGAAAUUCUGGAAAAGAGCAUGAAGUUUGAUCCACUCAAAGCACAGCUAAUUCUCAUGAGAUCAACUGUCAUCAACAGUGGUAAAGCUCUUAGUCUUGGCUUGGUUUAUAUCUUUAAAACUAUUGAACGACGGGUGUGGUUAAUGAUUGCAAGGCCAGUUGAAGACAAGGACGACUAAUAGUAGUCUGUACAGAUUAUAGAUGGUGGAUAUAACUCCUCUGCCAGAACAGGUUCUUUGUGUGAAAUGAUGCAUAUCACAGUGGUACUCAAAUGUGCCCAUGGGCUACUAUUAAAAUGCCUACUAAUAAAUUUAAUAAUAAUUAUUGUAUUGGUGUUUUUACAGUACUGCAGUUAAACUGCUAUUUAGGGACAUCUCUGUAGUAAGUGUACCAGCACAUGAUUACUAACAACUCCGCUUGUCCUAAAAGUACGAAACUACAUGAACUAGUAUGAUAAGGACCCCUUUAUGAAACCUUGCCUGCCUCCUACCUACAAUACUCGUCAGAAAUCGUUGAAGCAGAUACCGUAUUUCUGAAUUUUCUCGCAAAUUUAUGAUAUUCACUCUUCGCACGUUUAUUCUCACUGAAAUGUGCCCCUCUCCUUCCCCACUGUUGAGUUAUGCGUAUAUUGGAGCACUGAGACAACUGGAAUACCCAAAUCAAUAUUGGGGAAGGGGAAAUGCUCACAAGUGUUUCAAGAUUUGGAUCAAUUUAGGUUCUGGGGAAACUACCCACCUACCCCUCUCCUAAUCCAACAUUUUGCCUUAAGUGAGAAGUAAGUGUUAAUGUUGACUAAGGGCAUGGGUAGGUGGGCAGUUUCCCAGAAAUCUAAAUUGAUCUCAAGAUUUUUGAUGAGUAUUGUAGGUGCCUAUAUGUGUAAGGGUAAAGGAGCAUUGGAACGUUAAAGGUUAAUACAAUGGACCAAAGUGUCUUUCCUGCUUCAAAAAUUAUUUUGUUUCCAAGCUUACCCUUCAUCUUACGGACCUUCCUCAAAACCCCUGGGUAUAGGGCGGGAUUCAUGAUUUAAUGGUCCCUUUGAUCUUGUGAAUGCUUCAUGGAUCUUGUUCAGAGCUCUGCACACUGGUUUCCAUGGUGAAACUACAGCUUGGUAGUGUCUUAACUCUUUAAACCCUAAGAUCAACAUUUGAAUUCUCAUUUGUUGUCCCUAUUCAUUUCUUACAGAAGUAGUGGGGAGAAGUUGAUAAAAUAUCAAGCAAAAUCAUCUUGUGUGAUCAUGUCUGUAAUUCUCAUGACCACUCUGUUUUACAAAGCAUUGAUAUUACAAGGAGAAAUUUGAUGCUGAUCGCUCUUAGGGCUUAAAUGGUUAAAAAGGACAGCUUGGAAAUGAAUUUGUUUGUUAUCUCUUGACUUGUUUCUUGAAAUUUGAGUGUUACUUGUUAGCUUAAAGCUUAGGCUUAAUGUUUGAUAUUAUUUUUAUGCUCAUCUCCACAGAGGAUGAUGCUUUAAAUUAUGCAGUUUGGAAAAGACUGCUUAAAUCAAUAUUACUCUCUGAUUAUUUAAAAGCAUGCCAAAUGAUUGUAAUGUUAGUAUAGGUAAUAGCAUGAUUUGUAGUGAUAUUUGGUAUAAAUACCACCAGUGAUAUUUCAAAAUUGUUAUACAUAAUUUCACGAGCCGUUAGGCGAGUGAAAUUUGAGACAAUUUUGAAAUAUCACGAGUGAUAUUUAUGCCAAAUAUCACGUACAAAUCAUGCUAUUAUUUGUUUAUACUACUACCCACGAAAGGUUUGUAAUUUUCACAUGUAGGUAUUUCAAAUUAAACUGAAAUACCACUGCUCUAAGCCAAUCAAAUUGCAGUAAUUUCUCAUGUAGUAGUAUAAAUGUCAUAAUGGGAGAAAAUAGGAUAAUCUUUAUCCUGAAAGUUGAAAUUCCCCUUUGAGUUAUUAUUUAUUACAAAAUCACAGAGAAAGAAUUCUGUAAUAAUAUUUAUUAUGAUGAGAUUGAAAUUACAUGUGGUUGAGUUACUUUAUAAUGACUGCUGUAUAAUCAUACAGCAGUUAUAAUUGUAUAAUUAUUAUAGAAUCUACAGCAUGUGUAUGCAUGGCUAUUAAAGUUAUUAUCAAAAUAUGCAUGGCUCCAUAUAUAUGCAAAAUUAUACCCUAACCCCGUAAUAAAAACUGAAAUUUGUGGCUCAGUGUGUCCUAGAAUCUAUUUUUGACUUUUAGUUUACUUAUUAUUGUUAAUUAAUCACAGCAAAAAAAUUGUUAUUGGACAUUUUCCCUAUCAGUCAUUAUUUUUUCUUUAGUGCAGUAUAUAAUAAUUUAUUAUUAUUUUUAACAGUAUCAAUGUAUAAAAAGAAAACGAUUUAGUGUGAAUCAUAAAAAGCUCGAAAAUUAUAGUGCUGCACUAAGAAAUAUGUACCCUCAAACAUAAUUUUGAACCUGAUUGCUUCUAAAAGGCUCUAAACAGCUAGUGUUCAAGAAAAGACACUCCCCUCAAACAACAAGGAAAGCAAAUGCACCCUGGUAGGGAGGUGACUACUCUUGUACGAUUGUACCUCUUGUGAUGUCAUUUCUUUCGUAUUCGCAUAUACUGUUUCAAUUCGGGAUUGAAAUGACAUUGCUGACAUCAUGAUACAUUUCGUCCAAAUUCGUCGCACCCCUCCUCCUGAAUUGAAGAGACCUGGAAACGAGACGUAAGUUUACGAAAAACGAAUCAUACAUGACAUACUUACUUGAUCAAAUAUGGCGGCCGUGUGUCGUGCCUUUCGGUUGUUGGGAGUAACUUCUACAAAUCCAAGUAAGUCUGGCCAUUAAUGGAAUCCCUUGAUCUCUUUUAUACAGCAAAUUUAAUAGAGAAGGAUUUCAUCUGUACAAACUGGUGCUAAACAAAGUGAAAGUCAGCAAAAGUGAUUCAUGAAUUUCACCAGAAUAACCAAAGGUUAUAGUAAUCCUUUGACAGCACUGAUUGUUGUGUUCAUGCCUUGAUCUUGCCUUAGGUGCUUUAAAAAGUCUUGAAUGCAUUAAUAGAUUUCAUCAGCAGCGUUUCCCAUGCAAGUGUUUGCAUUCAUCCGGUAAGACCGAUUCUGUUGUUAAAAUGGAUCUUUCAUUUAACGUUGGAAAAUUUAAAAACACGUUUUCGAAAUAAACAUUAAGCUAAAAAAAAUCUAUAAAAAAUACAUAAUUACCGGUAAGCUAGUGAUCAUAAGCAUAACUUCGCUCACUUAUAAAGACUUAAGAUUAGAAAUUUAGUCCAAAUCAUAAACAGUUGAGCCUGCAUGACCUUAUCAGGGACACCAGAGGGCAGACUGUGGCCAAGCGGUUAGAGUGCUGGACUUGCUAUUCUGAGGCUCCGAGUAAGUCCUGCCCCGACUGCUAGCUGGAUUUGUUCAUGGUAGUCCCGAGUCCAUCUCCUCGACCAGGCUUGUAAGUAGCCCGCUGUUUUGUCUCCGGCCUGUUGGGAUUCUUAGCCCCGUUGUGUUUGAUUAUAUUUGAAUUAUUUGUUUCAGUCAUUAUUUUACUCGGCCCCACUAGCAUAUUAGUUCUAUAAAUACUGCUGAGGGUAAAUAACGGAAUUAUGAUUAUUAUCACCAAAUAAAAGGAACAGACCCCACCAGGGUUUUCAUUUAGAACUCUAGUAGCAGGAGAAAGUGUAAUGUUACAGGAGAAUAUUCUGAAAGAGGCUCCAUGUCUGAAUAAAAAAUAGUCAUUGGCUACUGAAUGUUAGCUGGAGAAAUCUGUGUAGUAAACGGAGAAUUCUCCGAUCUCUAAUGCCUAAUGAACACCCUGCCUACUGACCUAACACAGAGGUGGCCUUGUUAUAUGGGUAGAGUAGGUAUUGUACAUGUAUGUCCUUUCAGUGAUGAAAUUUCUGUAAAAAGAAAUUCAACCGUAUUUUCCCUUUCUUAUCUGCAGGUAAUCUUAUCUAUAAAUGCCUUUGUCAAUGAGUGCUUGAUUGAUCUGCUUUGCUAAUGCUUUGCCAUAAUUUAGAGAAGUUUGUUUGAAGUUCUAAAAUGAUUUUGGAAUUCAAUGCAAAUGUUUAUUAAUUUUUACAGCACUUAUGUUCGGAGGAAGGAAAAGAAGUGAAUGGAGGCAAGACAGAGUUCCUGCACAUACCAGGGUUUGUUCUUAUAUAGUUUUAUUAAUUUACUUUGAAGUAAAGUAGAAGGGAAUGUCAUAGAAAAAGAAAUGGUGAUCUUUAUGGAAAUUGUUGCCAUUAACUAUAAGAACAAGUAGCAGCCUCGCCAUUUUUAAAAAGCGUUUUGAAGCAUCUAUUUUUAAGAAAGCUUCUAAUUUGUUGGAAUAGUUGUAAUGUUUAAUUUUCAAAUUUCUUCUUUUUUUUUAGAUUUUACCAUAGCAUAACAUAUCAUUGUUAUUAUUAUAGCUUUCAGGGAUUUAAAAAAAAUUUAUUUACUGUUUAUUCAUUAAUUUUAACUUAAUGUAAAGUGCUUUUGAAUAUUCUUCUACAGUUUUAGUGCUAUACAAAUUCAUUAUCGUUAUCAUUCAUUAUGUGAGGUUGUGAGGCCCAUGGUUUUCAAGUGGACUGGUCUUGGUUAGGGUAUUGAGAAAGGAAAAAUUUUUAUCAUUGUAGGGGAAGUUGUAACAUGUUUAUCAGUGGUACAUGUAUACUGAGAGUUUGAUGUUUUUUAUUUUGUUGUUGUCUUUUCAGCUCAGGCUUGAUAAACCAGAAAAGAUUAAAGUUAGAAAAGCAUUUGGUGGACACAAAAAAAUCAAAGGCAUCAAAGUCAAAACUGGUCUGUACAUUUGUAAUUCAUUAGGUAAGGUUUGUUUUGUUAGGUAUGGUGAUUUGUUGGUGCAGUUUUGGUUGAUGUACACUGCUUGUUUAUAGGAGGAAAACAAAUGAUGUCACAAUGACAUUUUAGCCUAAAAUAGUUGUUGUCCACUGUACUUUAAAUGCUAUAUCCUAUUCUUUAGAACCUACAGAAUUAUUACAAUCUUGCCCAAAAGCAUGCUGUUCAUGUAUAAUUUUACUAAAACAGCUUGUUUUAACUUGCACAGAUGUAGAAUUUGAGUGUCCUAUUCUAAAAGUAGUACACAAUACAGCAAAUGACAACUUUACAAAAAAUGGAGUGAUGGUCAAAGGAACCAUUGUUGAAGUAGAUUCAAAUCCUUUCAAGAACUGGUUAGUAACACUUGAUUUUUGAUUAAUUAGUUUUACUUAUUAGCACUUUAACUGUCUCAAAACAUAAAAAGAAGAUAUUAAUAUGUUAAUUUGUUCCAUAUUCAGUCUACUGUUCUUGCCUUGUAUUCUAAGUUGUAUUUUUUGUUGUUACAGGUUUACAGAUAACUAUAAAAAAGAAGAAGACAAGCAAAAUGAGGUAUAUAAUGAGUCGGGUCUUUUGGCUUUUUCUUGUCUGUUCUUUUGAGAGUGUCAAAAUGUAAAUGCAUAGGGGCCUUAGCUAGCUGUUUACGGGAUUGCAGUCAUUUCUUUAUGCAUUUGUAGGUUGUGCUUCUAGUGUGAUUGAUCUUAUACUUAUACAAAGUCUCAGAAUGACCAAUAUACGUAGGCCUCCCACAUAGACAUUCUUAGGGUUUUGUCACACAUUCCUUCCCUUUGUCAUGCAUUCCUUUUGUUCAUCACGCAUUCCUCCCCUUCGUCAUUCAUUCUUUCCCUUCGUCACACAUUCAUUCCCAUUCCUUAGGUACAUGGGGAAGGUACCUGGGAUGAAUUCCUACGAAUGUCUGCAUGGGACGCUAUGAACAAUACUGAUGACUGUAUGUUCCUUUCUCUGUUUGUUACUCAUUUGCUAGGAAAACUCAUCACUAGAACAGCUACUGCCUUACAUGGAGACUGGAAAGCUUUAUGGUAAGGACAUAAAUUAUACCCCACAACCCUUUUUCGGCAUCAUGAGACUCAAUAGUUGCAUAAUUUCCCCUAUUUUGCCCUCUUCCCACCCUUUUAGAACUCCCACCUCCUGUCCUUUCCUUUCCCAGCUCCUGUACCCUCUGCCCCUAUUUUCCCGGGCUCCCACCCUCUGACUUUCCCCACCACUUUUGACCUUUUUGACGUCUGUCUGUUACAUUUAUGUACCACAGUAAAUUUAUCUCAGGAAAAAGUGCACACACGCGCAGUUAUAUCUUCCACGAGGCUAAAAUUCCCAGCUAAUGCAUGGUGAAAAAGGCUCAUUAUAAAGUAAAGUUACCAACUUACAUGUAGUCUUCCCUGCCUGUCUUGCAGCUAAGAUAACUACACGGCCAGGUCAAGUUGGUGCCUGCAAUGGUUACAUCCUGGAAGGGGAUGAGUUAGAAACUUUGUUAAAUACACGUCAAGAUUUAAGAUUAUCGAUGGAAAUGAAAGUGGAAAAGCAGUAG